CAUUCAUUCAUAGCAUCAAUACCCCAAUUAAAUCAUGUUCUUCAAAUACGCCGUUUUUGCAACUUUGGUUGCUGCCAUUUCGUGCGAUGUUUCGCACCUGCAAAGGCCAUCCACGCAUUUGCUGACACCAUUCCCGGCAUUUAAACCCGCUCGUGUCAACACAUUCCAACAACCAAGGCCCGUCUACUAUACCACUCCAGCCCCUGUUUACUACAAGAGCCAAGAAGCCAACUUCCAAAUCAAGAAACAUGAUUCUCACAUCAAAAACGACGGAUCUUACCAAUACUCUUAUGAGACUGAAAAUGGAAUUUCCGCGCAUGAAAACGGAUACGCCGUUCCAGUAGGACAGAACCAAAUUGCUACCGUCGCUCAGGGCUCUUUCCAAUGGACUUCUCCUGAAGGAAAACCAAUCCUCAUUUCUUACGUUGCCGAUGAGAACGGUUACAGGCCAGAGGGAGAUUUGCCAACACCACCACCAAUCCCAGCUGCCAUCCAGAGAGCUCUGGAUUGGAUCGCAGCACACCCACAGCCAACUGAACCAAAAAGGAGAUUCUAA